GUCGCGAGGAAGUGUCGGCGCCCCGGAGCGGCUGAGGUACCCCCCGCCGAGCGGCGCCGCUGCUGUGCCCGGCGAACCCGGCGAGCGUUCGCUGCGGGAGGAGCUAGCCGCGGGAGACAUACAGGUUACCCAGCGGGUGUCUUUCUCUGGAGUGAUAUUCUGAUCGAGGAAGAACCAUGUCGUGGAUCAAGGAAGGAGAACUGUCACUUUUGGAGUGGUUCUGUGCCAAUAUCAUAAAGGCCGGCCCACUGCCCAAGCAUAUUGCAUUCAUAAUGGAUGGAAACCGUCGCUAUGCCAAGAAGUGCCAGGUGGAGCGGCAGGAGGGCCACUCACAGGGCUUCAACAAGCUUGCUGAGACCCUGCGAUGGUGUUUGAACCUGGGCAUCCUAGAAGUGACUGUCUACGCAUUCAGCAUUGAGAACUUCAAACGUUCCAAGAGUGAAGUUGAUGGGUUACUGGACCUGGCCCGGGAGAAGUUUAGCAACUUGAUGAAAGAACAGGAGAAGUUGGAGAAGUAUGGAGUAUGUAUCCGUGUCUUGGGUGAUCUGCAUUUGUUGCCCUUAGACCUGCAGCAGGCGAUUGCACAAGCUAUACAGACCACGAAAAACUACAACAAGUGUUUCCUGAACGUCUGCUUUGCCUACACAUCCCGUCAUGAGAUCACCAGUGCUGUGAAAGAGAUGGCAUGGGGAGUAGAGCAAGGCCUGCUGGAUCCCAGUGAUGUCUCAGAGUCUCUGCUUGAUAAGUGCCUCUACAGCAACCACUCUCCCAAUCCUGACGUCCUGAUCCGGACCUCUGGAGAAGUGCGGCUCAGUGACUUCUUACUCUGGCAGACCUCCCAUUCCUGCCUAGUGUUCCAACCUGUUCUGUGGCCAGAAUACACAUUUUGGAACCUCUGUGAGGCCAUCCUGCGGUAUCAGAUGAACCAUAGCGCACUUCAGAAGGCAAGAGACUUGUAUGCUGAGGAGCAGAAGAGGCACCAGCUGGAGAGGGACCAGGCUGCAGUGACAGAGCAGCUGCUGCAGGAGGGGCUCCAGGCCAAUGGGGACACCCAGCUCCGACGGACACGCUUGCACAAACUCUCAGCUAGACGGGAAGAGCGAGUCCGGGGCUUCCUGCAAGCCUUGGAACUCAAGCGGGAGGAGUGGUUGGCACUUCUGGGCACUGCAUCAGCCUGAGUAACUCUGGCCACCAGCCACUUUGCCCUGCCUUCUGCCUCCAGGGCCCACUCCCCUUUCCUUUCUUGGUUAAAGGCACCUCCCUGCCUGUCUGGCAGAGAUACCUUUGUACGACCUGAGACAGUGACCCCUGGGGAUUGAGGGUGGGUCAGAAGUAUACUACACCCAAGUCUGGUCACAGUAUGUGUGGAGAACAGGAGACCCCCAACUCAACAGCUGCCUGCCUGUUUUCCUGGAUGAAUUCUUUUUCCACCAGCACAUCCUUCAACAUGCAGAAGAUCUCCCCAAAGCCUAUCCAUUUCAGCCCUCCCCACCUGACUUUCACAAAAGAUUUGGAUCUACUGGUAAAUAGCUAAUAGGCAGCCAUCAUUAUUGGGCAAGGAAGAAGGGGGUGGGAAAGACAGAAAGAAAAUGUGCCCAUCUGCUGCUCCUCCCCUUGGCUCUCCACCUGGGAUUUGCUAUUGAAUCUCUACCCCCUCCCACCAUGCAGUACUGAUUGCUCACUGAAAGGCUCAGCGCCCCCAAUGGCUCAUGGAAGCCAGGCGGGUGAUUACAAUCCAAUUACCUAUUGUUGACUCAGCCCACACAAGCUUUUCUCCCCCUCUUGCAGGGCAUGGGGCCAGGCUCCACUCCCCAGUGAGACUGGCCCCCUUCGUGGUACAGGGUAGCAUAAGGGCCUAUAGCCCUUGGAGUCUCUAAUCCAAUCCAGGCCAAUUUCAUGUGUGGACUGAGCAGAACCAAGCAUUUCACCUAACUCUCCUCUCAGCAACUCAAGAUUCCCAUCUUCUAGGCUUCUGACAGCUCUUUGACCUGGCUCCCUAAGGAGGCCCCAAGACAGUUUAUUCUCAGCAUGGCAGAACUUGUUCCUAGCCCUCUCUGCCUGGGAGGGUCACGGCUAUGCCCCUCUUACCUCCCCCUGCCAGGCCUUACUGUAGAGCGGCUGAGAGGAUUAGUGCCUUUGAAGAGCUGUCUGCUUGAGCAACUGUGCUUCAGGUGCCCCAGAGCUGUAAAUCUAGCCAAGAAUACCAACCAAAUGCUACUGUAGUUCUCGUUUUCCUGUCUAUAAGCCCUUUUCCCAGCGCCUCUCCAGGAGAGGGGUGAGCUCCUGCAAACCAUGCUGAGCAUGUAUCCCUCACUUUCCUAUACAGUGGACCCCCUCCUCCCUUUCUGUAUCUGAGUACCUGGCACUUGAGGACUCCUUGGCCAUCAUUCCUCUCCUCAGAAUCAAGGAUAAAUGCCAGAUAGUGUAACCAAGAAGCCAAUCGAUGCGCCCUUUGCCAAGGCCCCCUACACACCUGGCACUCCCUACUACCAAUCCCUGGCAAAGGGUUCCCGGAGAGCAGGUGCUGUACAUUUUCCAGUUGUACAAUGGGGCUGUUGACAGCUUUAAUUAGGGAGGCAUGAAUUAUGUGGCUAUAAUGCAGAGCCCUACAAUUAAGGCGGGAAUGAGAGACUGAAGACAGCAAACGGAAUCUGCCCUGCAAGCAUGGCUGUUGCGUCCUGUUUCUUAUUGGUCUGAUUUUCCCUUAUGAUUUGGGGUACAGUAGAAAUGAUUAAUAGGACUGGUAUCUCGCUUGGCCUGAGGUCCUAUAUUCUGGGAAAGGUAUACAGGGUGGAGUAGGGAGGAGCUGCCACCAGAGGCACUGUGGGGGCGGAACGAAGGGCCAUUGCUGCCUAAGCUAGGAAUACAAAAUACUCGAUUUGAACUCAUGGUGGUUUCCUUUUCUACCGGUAUGAUCUGUACCCGCUGUCUCAACCCCUGCCUCAUAGAAUCAAGUGAGACCUAUUUAUGUGUAGUCUGGCCUGAUCGCCAACCCCCCCCCCCCGUUGUGUUCUGGGUGUCAAAUAGAAACUGUUAAAUUCUUACAUCUAA